GACCUGGCUGCACCAGAGAUAACAUUGAGAGAGAGCUUUCUGCUGGCGAUUCUGCACUUAUUCAUCAAUCAUCUGUUUUCAUAAUUGUUUGAUAUUGUUAAUCCAGUAUUUCCUCACUACAAAAGGAUUGAAAAGCAGACCAUUUUAAACAUCUUUAGACCAAAUAGAGGCCUAUUUGAAGAUGGAGGUGAGAGGAGAGCGUGGCUGCUUCAUGGAAGCCAUGAGAGCCAUCUUCAAUACCAUCCGAGACCGGCUCAGACCAAGGAGGGCACGACAGAGGACAAAGAAUUAUAGAAUCUGUCGCAACUCUGCCAUGGCCAUGACCAAGUCAGAGAAAAAGAUUGACCCGAAGAAACAUCUGUCAUCUGGGCUGAACACCAGGUUGACCAAGAGAAACCACUCAGCUGAAACCGCUAACGUGGACACUGCUGAAAGAAGGAUGCAGGAAGAUGGAGCUCCUGGAGAACUUAAGGAAAGACUGAAGUCUUCUCUGCGGGCUGUUCAAGUGAGGCGCAAGCCACACUGGGUGCUCCAGAGAGGCUGGGGACAAAACAAGAUGGAGGACACUCAGGCCGGAGAGGAACUUCAGCCUACUCAACCAGCCAGUGAAAAGGCCAAUAUGGAGGAUACUCUGCUUGAGGAAAAUCUUCAGCCUGCUGAACCAGUCAGUGAGAAGGCAAAAAUGAAGGAUCUUCAGCCUGCUGAACCAGCAAGCUGGGUUGUGGCCUAUGGUCAGAUGUGGCAGGAAAUAACCGAGCAGGAUGGUCCUGUGCUUUGCAGCAACAUGCCCAUCAUAUACUCCGGCUCUGGCUCCAGCUGCCAUUUCCCGGCUGAAUGGGCCCUUGACCAUCUGACCUCCCCUGAGGAGCAGAGGUCAUCAGAGAACAAGGAUGGACCAGUCAGUGAGAGGGCAAACAUGGAGGAGACUGAGGCCGGAGAGGAUGUGCAGCCUGGUGAACCAGCAAGCUGGGUUGUGGCCUAUGGCCAGAUGUGGCAGGAAAUAACCGAGCAGGAUGGUCCUGUGCUUUGCAGCAACAUGCCCAUCAUAUACUGAUGACUGGACUUUGUGAACGUGGACAGGUGAGUAGAGCAUGGGGAGCAGGACAGGCCUUACAUCAUUGUGGACAGCCAAGAAACAUCUACUGCCAAGCAACAACUAUGGUCCUUCAACUGUUCAGAUGCCUUUCAACUACAUUUACAUUAUAUUACAUACUUACUACAUGAUUAUCAUUAACACCGUUACGAUGUAUUACACUGAUAUCUCAUUAAGAUUCUACAUCAAAUAAAUACAUUUACAUACAGAUUAAACUUCAAG